AUGUUAUCAAAACGUAAGUUGGCAGUAAUCUUGCCAAUGCUCUUUGAGCUGGCAAUGAGUUACGAACAGUAUCAUACAUUGGAUACUAUACCACUGAAGCAUAGAGCAACUAAUCAUUGGGGAAAAGAAGGUCCAGCAAAAGAUGAAAAGAUAGUUAAAGUAGGCUCUAUUGGAGGUGGUUACUAUGGUAGAACUGUUCCGGGACUAAGAGAUUAUGAAAAGGGAAAUGCAAAAGAUAGAGCUUUUGGUUCCAAAGUUGAAAGUUAUCCUUAUAAAUUUGAGCCUGAGCGUACAUUAAACAAUGAUUCUUUAAUUCCGCUCUCUCCUGAAGCUCGUCUAAGAAUGAUGAGAGAGCCUUUCAGAGAAUAUAUCUAUAAUAUGACUGGCCAAGUGCCAACUUUGGAGGAGGUAAAGAAGAUGAGACCUCAAUUCAAAGAAUAUGUAAAGAAGGAGCUCAAUCUUACUAAUUCAGAGGUUGAAUCUCUCUUUGGUAUUCAAACUACUAAGAAGAGUGAAGGAAAGUUACCUAAAUAUUUACUAUUUGAUGAUAUGGACGAAUUUGAUUUUGAUCCUGAAGAGGCUCUCAAAUACAUGCCACGUAUUUCAAAAAAAGCUACUAAGGAAGAGAUAGACAAUGCCUAUAUCAAGGCUUGGGAAAUUCUUGGUAAGAGUGAUGAUAAGCUUAAGAAAGUAUAUCAGGCAUAUCGCCGUAAAUAUCUCCAAAAGAAUCCACUCGGACCAGUUAUGACAGAAAAGGAAUUCCUUCUACAUUCUAUUAGACUUAGGGAAAGGGAAGCUGCUAGACUUGGCUUUAUUUCUGCAGAACCAAAUAGUGACCCAAUUUCAAAAAGUAUUGAAAUCUCUUAUUUCCUCAGAGAUGCUCUUAAAGAUGAGUACGAAAAAUACAAAUCUCAGAACUCAAAUGAUAGAUUCUCUAGUGCUAAGAACUUUGUAUAUGAUGCACUAUUUACUGAUGACUUAAUUAUCGACGAAAUUGAUAGAAAAGAAAGCUCCUUAUCUCCAGAAACUUUACCAUCUCCUUAUGAUCCAAUUGAAGGUAGAGCAUGGACAAAUACCACAUCUAAGUCCUCUAUUGUUGACAUGAGUGAAGCAUAUGGUAACAUUGUUAGAGGAGAAAAUGUCUACGAUAAGAAUGGCAAAUUAGUCCUAAAUGGUGAACUUUUAAAUGAAAUGGAUACUCAAAGCAGUAUUGGAGAAAAUGGAAAAGCCAUUAAUAGCAAAACUGAUACUAUUGAAGAUGUAUUGAGAAGUGAAGAGGAGUUUAAUGAAGAUUUAGAUAUUUCUGUUGGUCUUCAAAAGCUUAAUACCAGGGUUAGUAAAUACAACAGUGUUAAAUCUCCUUCUCAGUUGCUUUUUGAAAGUUCAAAGUAUUCCACUUCGGCUCAAAAGAGAGUUAUUGAUAGUAUUGAUGACUACACUCUCAUAGACAUUAAUGAUAUGAAUGUUAACCAGCUCAGGUUAUUCAAUGAUAUAAUAUACAAGAACUUAUCUACUGAUGCUGAUAAAAAAGCAGAGAAUAAAUACUUUAAACAACGCCUAGGAGAACAGGGAGGAGAUCUAGGAACAAACUCUGAAGUAUAUAGAGAGUUCAUUUUUAACAAGGUUAAACAUGGCCUUUUCUUUAUCCCUAAGACUAUUAACUUAGAAAAGGACAAUUACAAAGAAAUGAUACUCCCAGUCUCUGCAACUGGAUUUGAAGUUGUAGAAAAUUCAGAUGGUACUGCAAAAAUCCACCACAUAGCCACCGGAUUAAAGUUUAAUGUUGACUAUUCUGAUGGUGAUAGCCUUUACCUAAAUGGGUACCUUGGUUUAAUAGAUAAUAAUACCUCAUUAAAACAAAAUGUCAAUACUUAUGUUUCCUCCGGAUGGAAAUUAUCUGACUCUCAGGUUCCAUCUCCUUACAGAUUUGUCUCUGAAAUUGAUAAUAAAGUCUCAGAUUUUACCAAGUUUGGAAGUUCUAUUGAUUUACUUAAAGAAAAUAUCAAGUCUUCAAAAACCACUCAAAGUGAAGAAGUGGCGGCAGAAAUUUCGGAAUAUUUGGCGCGCAAUUCUGAAUUAUUGAAAAACUAUGAGGAAUCAAGAAAUAAAUACAUUAGAUCACAAGAAAAGCUUUUAGAUGAGCUGAACAAAUCAAAGUCAAUUUUUAGAUCUGGUGCGGUGUUGGAGAGCAUGAACCGUGUUUCUGAUAGUUUGAUGGGAAAUGCAGUUAAUGGAGUUGAUGUCUCAAAGUUUUCAAAGGUAUUUAGUGACAAAAAAUUGGAGGCUUUCUUAAACCAGAAAGAUGAAUUGAAGGAUAUUACUGAGGAGGAGUAUAAUUUACAUAAAGAUCACUUACGAGAUAUUAGGGAUGAAUGCCAGAAAAACUAUCAGGAAUUCGUGGAUAAUUGUGGUAACUUAUUAGAAAAUUCAGGUAGAAUCAAUAACUAUAUAGUUUCAGUAGAAGAUGAACUUGUUAGUAAGUUUUUACCAUCUCUUGAUGAAAAACAAGCAUUGGGAACUAAGAUUAUGGAUGAUCUGAAUAAAUUGGAACUGGUAAAUAAUAAUCUUGUGGAGAAUGCAGAUAUGCUCUUGUCACUCAACUUUGACUCUAUGGGAAUUAAAAGGUUUGUAGAUGAUCCAAAAGUUUCUAAAGAAUUAGAGGGUGAGGUAAUGGAGAUCUUUAAUGGAGAUAAAAGUGUGAAUGACUAUAGGAAGCUUAUUGAUAACAAUACAGUUAGUACGAAGUACUAUAUAGAAGAACCAAAAGAGAGUAGUGACAUGGAUUUUGAUGAUGAUGAAAAUGGCGGGAAAAUGACAGGGAAAUCAGACGGAGAAUUAAAGGAUACUAGAUACUCUACAGACUUUAAAGGAAAGGUGAAGUUAGUUUUUGAUGAGGCUCUGACAAUCAUUGAGGAUCAUGUUAGAGAUUUGUAUCUUUCAACAAAAGACAGAAAAGAAAGAAUGUUAGAGUUAUUGAAAUUGGAGUCCUUUUUCAUUAGAGAGCUUUCUAGACAUCGCAAAUCUUUAUCGAUUGUAAUUAACAGAGUAGUGCUACCAGAGGAUGAGAUAAUUGAUGAGAAUGAGACAAAUGAACUAAAGAUGAGGAUUCUUCUCAAGAUCCAUGAGGAGAAGACAAAAUUGAUGUAUAUUAGAGAGGUACUUGAUAAACUAUUUUUCUUCCCACAUUUCCGUGGAGUUAGGGCAAAGACCUCUUUAAGACUGAUAGAAAUGGAAGAAGAAGGUAUCAGGUCCAAAUUUGGCUUCACCUACAUACCGAAGUUCAAAUAUGGUGAGGAUGAUAGACCUAUUGGUAUUUAUGGAUUUAAGAAGAUGGACUAUUAUGACUUAAGAUUGGAAUUCUUCAAUAGGUUGAUUUCAGGCUUUGAAUAUGAUUCUGUAAGCUACGGAUUUGAUUUGGAAAUUCUGAGUCUUUUGGAAGAAUUGAAUCACCCAGAACUAAGUAAAUUACUUUACUCUGAUAGUUACAUUGAGUCAAGUAUUUUCUCAAAGAGAAUAAAAUUAACCAAGAUUUUGAAGACGUUAAUAAAGAAUGAAGAAAACAAAGAUUUAAGGAAUUCUUUAAAGAGGAUCUACUUUAUGAUCAAAAGACGUCUUGAUGAUACAAUUAAGUUUGAGAUGGAGCAUUUUGGUAGCUCAGCCUUGGAAUCAGUCGUGAGUACAUAUACAUCUUUGGAUGAUAAUGGCGAAUGUAGUAAAAAGCCAAUCAUUCUCUCUUCAGAUGGCAAAUCAUCUAAAUCUAAAUCUAAAUCUAAAUCUUCUAAUAAACAACGUAGAAGGAUGAGAAGAAACAAUUAA